CCCCGUACCUAAUCGUAAUCCCAUCUCUGCCCUUCACGUGCUGCCGCAUCAGAUGGACGCCACGCGUCCGUAUUGGCCAAUCUCCGCGGAGCAGACACGCCCGACACGUGCUGGCGCGGACACGUGUCCACCACCACCCCCUGUAUUUAAAACCCCACUACGCAACCCUCCCUUCGUUCUCCGCAGUGAGCGAUCGAGAGAGAGAGGGAGAGUGAAAAGGAUAAAGAGAAGUAAAGAGGGCCAGAGAGAGAGAGAGAGAGAGAGAGAGAUGGAUAGGAGAGGAGGGGGUUGUUGCAUCGCGAGGUACGGAGGGGACGCUGACGUGGCGUGGAGGGUGGGCCGGAUAAUGCUGCGGUUCCGGCCCAUCGCGCCGAAGCCCGCGGCGGGUGGGGGGGCGGCGCCGCCUCCGCCUGCGGCGGCGCCGGAGGGGAGCGGCGGCGGCGGAGGGAGGGAGGGGGGGAGGAGGGGGCGGAGGCCGAGGAGGGCGACGGUGGAGGAGAGGUCGUCGUCGUCGUCGUCCUCGGCGGAGCACACCUCGGCGAUCGUGACGCUCCCGCUGAUGCCGGAGUCGCCGGAGACGGCGAAGGCGGGGGGUGGCCCUGCGGCGCCGGAUCCGGCGCCGGAGGGGAUCCCGGGGUGGCUGCUGCGCGCCGCGGCGGCGGCUGCGGCGGCGGCUGCGGCGGCGGCGCGGCCGGCGGAGGUGGUGGUGCCGCGGCCGGUGCGGCCGGCGGGGUCGUGGGUGACGGUGGAGAGCGUGGUGGACACGUGGCGCGACGGGGAGGCGGGAGCCGCGCGGGAGCUGGUGCGGCCCGCCCUGGACGACGAGGAGGCGCCGGUGUUCGUGUCGGACCGGUGGGAGCGGGUGACGUGGACCAACGAGGCCUACCGCAGGAUGGUGGUGGGCCCCGCAAAGAGCGCGGGCGCCGACAACGACGACGCCGGCGACGACGACGCCGGCGACGACGACGCCGCCGCCGACGACGACGGCGACGAGGAGGAGGAGGUGCGUGUGGGGCUGGUGACGAAGGGGCACGUGCCGGAGUGGGGCACGUGUGGGGCGUUCACGUGCCUCGUGCGCGUGCGCUACGCGUGUCGCCGGAAGGGUCGGGGCUCUCUCGCGGCGCCGUGCGACGUGUGGCGCUCGGACGGGGGCUGCUACACGUGGCGCCUCGACGUUAAAGCCGCGCUCAGCCUCAGCCUCUGCCUCUAGAGAGAGAAAACACCCCCUCCCCCCCUCCCCCCUUCCCCCCCAAAAAAAGUAGAGAGAGAGAGAGAGAAACUAGAGAGAGGUUACUUACUCGGGGGAUAAAGAGGCUCGUCGGAGGGACGUAGUUGUAAAUAUUCGUCGUACGCGAGGGGUUUUUUUUUACGUAUUUUCUACGUACGUAGUGCAACAGCGACUACGCAAAAGGAGUGGUACUCUUGCUUUGUAGCUUUGGUUUGUGCAAAUUAAUAAUAGUUAAAAAUCGCGAACUGUGCUUACUCGUA